AUGGCUUCUGAUCAGUCCUCGCUAUAUGGACAGGCUCGUGCCAAGUCAAAGGGCACAAGCGACUUGUCCUCAUCGUCUAAUCUCGCCUUCAGCAGCCAGCUCUCCUCCCUCAUCGCUCAAGGCUCCAAUCCCUCAGCUAACGCGCGCCCACGACCAUCCAAAACUGCGAAGACCGACAUCUUCGGCAAGCAGAACAAAGGCGCCCAGAAGCGCGCUGCGGCUGAUCUUGAAGAAGGUGACCAUCAUGAUUCGCAACAAAAGCAUAAGCGCAGCCAGGAUAUUGGGUCCGUUGAUGACGCCACCCUCAAUCGAUCCAAGCGUCGAAUGCAGGAGAAGGUGCGCAUAUACAAUGACAUGAAAAAGGGACUGUACCUUGCCGGAGAUAGCAGUGGUGAAGAAGAUACAUAUGCAGGCUCAGGCUCGUCUCGACAAGAAGAUUAUCUGGCGCGCUUGCGGCGCAAAGAGAAGGAAGGAUUGGUGGAUUUUGAUCGCAAAUGGGCAGACGAGGAGCGUAAGAGGGCAGAACGCUCCGAUGAAUCUGAGGAAGACGACGACAAUGCGUCUAUCAUAUCCUAUGAGGAUGAGUUUGGUCGGACCCGACGCGGAACCAGAGCCGAGGCAGCUAGAGCUGCCCGCACCAAGGAAGAAGAAGAGAAUCGGGACAGAGCGCCACAGGAGCGUUGGCGCCCUUCUCGCCCGGAGAAUCUUAUCUACGGCGAAGCUAUUCAAACUGAAGCUUUCAACCCUGAUGCCAAAAUCGCAUCGCAGAUGGCGGAUCUUGCUGCCCGACGAGACCGGUCACCCACACCGGAGCAUGUUCACUAUGAUGCUGAAGCUGAGGUGCGCAAUCGUGGAACGGGCUUCUACGCAUUCUCUCAAGAUGAAACCGAGCGGUUGCGGCAGAUGGAAGAUCUCAAGAAUGCCCGAAAAGAAACAGAGCAGGAACGAGAAAAACGGGUGCGUUUAGCCGCAGAAUGGCAAGCGCAUCUUCAAGAUCGAAGACAGCAGAUCCAAGAAUUACGUGCUCAAAGGCAGGCAGAUGAGUUCUUAGGGGAUUUAUCUAUCCCAGCACCUACGAUAACUGACGGGCAUUGA